CACCCCCAAGAGCAAUAAAAGUAAUGCUUCCAAGACCAUCUAUUCUAACAACUCUAAGACUAACUCUCUUAAUACCUCCAAGACCGAUAAUAAUACCCCCAAAACGAAUAAUAACGUUCUCAAUACCUCCAAUACCGAUAAUAAUACUCCCAAAGCGAAUAAUAACGUUAUCAAGACAGAUAAUAAAACAUACGAGACGGCUUUUCCUGUUACUCCAUUGUAUAAUCCCAUAUCUA